AUGCGCGAGGAGGACUACUUCACCACCAUAAACGUUCCAAUUGGCUUCUGGAUCCGUGGAACCCCUGCAGCCAAACCGAAGGCGAAGAAACCAGCAGCAGCAGCAGCAGCUGAAAGUAAGUCGCGGAAGAUGGUUCCUCAAGAAACCUGA